CAGCAAACAUUUUUGAUGGGAUUAAGAUAUAUCCAGACAAAGAAGAUGUGACAUACCUGGUGUCUAUUUUCAUAACAAGGAACAAUUCUUGGUACCAAUUUACAAGAUGGGGAAAAAUCGAAAGCCAUCACAUGGUCGCUCAGAUCAUUCAGAGCAGAGCAGAGAAUCAGAGUCUUUACAUAACAACAAAUGUGAGGCGGACAACUGUUUUUCACCAAUGCUUGACAGUACGGAGCCGCAAGCAACAAAGGGACGGCCCCUUCCUGGACGCAGAAAGUCCUUGGUGGAACGACUCACCAAAAGGAAAAUGUCGAUGCAAAUGAAAAAAUCUAUUUCUUUGAUGCAAGUAACUGCUAGUUUAAUUGCUGUGACUGGUCAUACAGCAAUCUUCAUAACGCCAUCGUCGAUUCUUGAGAACACUGGAGCACUGGGCCUGUCUCUUGUUAUAUGGCUCUUUGGUGGCAUCAUAAACUGGAUGCAAGCCCUCAUCUUUGUAGAAUUUGGCACAUCUCUGGAUGAAGCUGGUGGUACCUAUUCUUAUGUAAGGGCAGCUUGUGGGCCCCUGGCUGGGUUUAUGAUGUUAUGGAGUUACAUGAUGUUAUCAACUGGACCUUUCUGGUCCUUUCUAGGGUACACAGCUGCUAUGUAUAGUGUCAAACCUGUCUUCCCUGACUGCCCUCCUCCUGAAGGCCUGGUAAAACUCUUAGCAGCUAUUUUAAUCUUAUUACUGGCAUUUCUCAAUUGUUUCUGCAAGAAACUAGUAUCCAAGAUUCAAAUCUACUUGUCAGCUACAAAGAUUAUUGCCCUUUUGGUAAUAAUUGCAGGUGGCGCUGUGAGAGCAUAUCAAGGACAUACAGAGAAUAUUGUACCAAUCUUUGAGAAUAGAAUCACUGAUCCAGGACCAUUGGCGCUGUCUAUAUUAUAUUCUGUGUUUGCAUUUGGAGGAUGGCAGGUGGUUAUGAGUCUUGUAGAAGAAAUGGAAGACCCAGCCAAGGACCUACCACGUGGUGUGACCAUUACUUUUAUUGUCACCAUCACCAAAUAUAUUCUCACACUUUUGGCCUACAUGACACUCCUGACCAAACAUGAAGUCCUCCAAUCCAAUGCUGUGGCACUUCUGUACAUUCAGAGACUCUACCAUCCUUUAACUAUUAUGAUAUCAGCCUGUGUUGCCUUUACAUCAGUCGGAGCCUUGAAUGCUUCUGUUAUGGGACACUCAAGGGUCCUUUUUGCUGCUGCUCGUCACAAGGCUGCACCUCUUCUCUUUGGUAUGUUACAUAUCAAAUACCUGACACCAUGGCCCUCAAUAUGGGUGCUGUGCGCUUGGUCAUUGGUUGUAUUAUACAGUGGAGGAAUGGACUUCCUGUUGGACCUGGUCAGUUUCAUCUCUUGUUUAGUUGCAUUGGUCAUUGCAGUAGCCUUGAUAUACUACAAAAUCAAACAGCCUAAUGUGAAACGGCCCUAUAAGGUUCCCAUGUGGAUGCCAGUAUCACAUGCUUUAUUCUUCAGUGCUGUUCUUGCUCUGGGAAUUUACCAAAAACCAAACCAAAUGUUAGCUGGCGUCAUAAUCUCAUUGCUUGGAUAUCCUAUUUAUCUUCUUGGAAUCUGCUGGCAACCAAAACCCAAGGCUUUCACCAAAAAAAUGGAAUAUAUUACUGUCACAUGCCAGAAAUUAUUGAACCUACGGAAGAGUGUCUAACAAGAAUUAAUUAAAGAAUACAAUUACCAAAGUGAACAAAUGGAAGUGUCUGCAAUACCAAAGUUCUGGGACAAACUAUUUUUCUCUCCACCAAAAAUAUAUUUUCUUUAUAUUAGACAUGGUGUGGGGCCA